AUGAUGAGUCUGACAAACCCGCCAUCCGUUGCAUCGGGUCCUGGCUCGGUGCGGACAGGCACGCUCAAGAGAAGCGUCCAGGCAGCGUUUGAAGCAAACGCUCUCGUCCGUAACUGCCGUUCACUUUUUGCCCCCUUGGCUUCCCAAUUUUUGCCCUUUUUUGCGGCUUGCCUGACUCGAGUUGAAUGUCAAUGUGUCGUUCCGGAAGGCAACCCGAGAGUCAAGCGACAAACAUCAGGUGCAACAAGUGAGCGAGCAUAG